AUGGCUGUUCGCAACACUCAGGUCGCUUCUUCCCGCUCCAAGAGCCGUAAGGCUCACUUCAGCGCUCCCUCCUCCGAGCGCCGCGUGAUCCUUAGCGCCAGCCUGAACAAGGAGCUCCGCGAGAAGUACGGUGUCCGCUCCAUCCCCAUCCGCAAGGGUGACGAGGUCCAGAUUGUCCGUGGUUCCAACAAGGGCCGUGACGGCAAGAUCACCUCCGUCUACCGUCUCAAGUGGUGCAUCCACGUCGAGCGCGUCGUCCGCGAGAAGUCCAACGGCCAGAGCGUCCCUCUCCCCAUCCACCCCUCCAACGUCGUCAUCACCAAGCUCCACCUCGACAAGGACCGUGAGGAGAUCCUUGCCCGCAAGGCCAAGGGCCGUGAGGCCGUCAAGUCCGCUUAA